GUGAACUGCAUAAAAUAUGGUAAUAUGUGUUUACAUUUCUUUAAAGAAUGUCAUGAAAAAAUAAAAUUACUAUAAAAAAAAGAGGUGAAUCUAAACUUCUUUUUACAUCCACAAAAAAAAAAUGAAGUUCUUCACUACCGUUGCUAUUCUUUCUGUUGCUAUUCCUUUCACCCUUGCCGAUCUAUUGCCUGGUCUUGAUCGUAUAGCUCCAGAUAGCUCGUAUGUAAAGGAACGUAUUGCACCUCCUGCCAACGCUACCUUGUAUGAUGUUUACUUUGCCAGAGGAAGCAGAAUUUAUCAGUGUAACCCUGAAAAGAAAGGAUUCCAACAUUGGUAUAAUGUCCAAACACAGGCACUUUUAUAUUCUACAAAAGGAGAACAAGCACCCUUUGAUCGUGAAGGCAAUGAAAUUGGUCAAAUUAAUGCUGCCCCAUUGAACCCAGAACAGCAAAUGUCUAACCCAAUGGAUACUAUGCCUGUCAUUUAUAACUACCGUGAUGGUUCCUGGGCAGGCACUGCCAGACCCUUGGCUACAACUACAAGAGAAGAAGGACGUGCUGAAAGAGGAGAUAGUGUUCAUUUAGACGAUCAUAUCGUACCUGUUACAAAAUCAUCAACUGAUGGUUAUUUGUCACACGCAAAAUAUAUUGUUCGCCUAAACUCUAUUGACGGUGUUGUACCUGCUGCGGAUACAUGUACCACCAAGGGCUUGCUUGUUAACAAGCCAUUCACUGCCUACUUUAUGUUCUACACCGAUGCCGAUGGUCUGGAGCAACUUUCCACUGAAGAAGCCGAGUGGAAUGAAAUGGUGGCUGAAUAUACUCCUGAAAAAUUAGCAUUGAAAAAUGCAAAGAAGGAAGUUGUCUACGAAUAAACUAGCUCCCUUUCCGUCCAUUAUUUUAUUUUAAUACUGAUAAUAAUAAUAAUAAAAAAAAAGAAUUGUUAUAUACUAUUUUUUUAAGCAUCUGUGUUGGAUAUGAUUU